AGUGAUUUAGCUGGAAUGCAGAACGCUGUUUGUAUGACAAUAGCCCGAUUUUUCUCCCAUAUGGUUGUAGAUUUUGAAGCACUGAUGCAGUUACUAUGAAGUUUGUUACUGGGUAAAAACAGCAGCGAUUAAUUGGGCCUUUGGUCUUCUGCUUUUAGUUUGCGUGGUCCUUUGGAUAUUCAUUGAUUGGGUAAAUUGGAAGAAAAUGUGAUAGUUCAGAAUUCUUUGAAGUUUUAAGGUAUCAUCUCAUGCUUGAAUAAAAGUUGAAAUCAUGAAUUCUACUCAAGGAACCGUUGGAAGUGAUCCUGUAAUUUUGGCAACAGCUGGCUAUGACCACACAGUACGAUUUUGGCAGGCUCACAGUGGCAUAUGCACACGGACUGUUCAACACCAGGAUUCUCAAGUGAAUGCACUUGAAAUCACUCCAGAUCGCAGUAUGAUAGCAGCUGCUGGUUACCAACACAUUCGAAUGUAUGAUCUAAACUCUAAUAAUCCAAACCCUGUUAUUAACUAUGAUGGCAUUAUUAAGAACAUCUCUUCAGUGGGAUUCCAUGAGGAUGGCCGUUGGAUGUACACUGGUGGAGAAGACUGUAUGGCACGAAUAUGGGACUUGAGAUCUCGCAAUCUGCAGUGCCAGAGAAUUUUCCAGGUUAAUGCUCCUAUUAACUGUGUAUGCUUGCAUCCAAAUCAGGCUGAGCUGAUAGUCGGUGAUCAGAGUGGUGCCAUCCAUAUUUGGGAUCUAAAAACUGAUCAGAAUGAACAGCUAAUUCCAGAGCAGGAGGUGUCAGUGAACUCUGUCCACAUUGACCCAGAUGCAAGUUAUAUGGCAGCAGUCAACAGCUCUGGAAACUGUUAUGUGUGGAACUUAACUGGUGGAAUAGGCGAUGAAGUCACUCAGCUCAUUCCGAAGACAAAAAUUCCUGCUCAUAAACGUUAUGCACUGAGAUGUAAAUUUAGCCCUGAUUCUACGCUGCUGGCGACCUGUUCUGCUGACCAGACUUGUAAAAUCUGGAGGACAUCAAACUUCUCCCUUAUGACAGAACUGAGUAUCAAAAGUAAUAAUCCAGGGGAGACAUCCCGUGGUUGGAUGUGGGACUGUGCUUUUUCAGGAGAUUCCCAGUACAUUGUCACAGCCUCUUCAGACAAUCUGGCCAGGCUGUGGUGUGUGGAGACGGGUGAGAUAAAGAGAGACUACAAUGGGCAUCAAAAAGCUGUUGUCUGUCUAGCUUUUAAUGAUAGUGUUUUAGGAUGAAGACGAUAAUAAUGUUUUCUCUCUGAGUCACGGAUAAACGUGUCGUAUUGGAUGGACUGCUUAUUGUAACUGCACUUUCUAAAGAAUAAACUUUUUUUUAUAGACUGUGAAGCUGCAAAAUAAAUGGAAUAAUGUAUAUUA